AUGGAACUAGAGCUUGCAACCUGGAAGCUUGCAACCUGCCUAUGGGUCUCAAAAUUUUACGCACGUUACAGUAAUAAAAAAGAGCCUAAUGAUUUUGGAGGAAAGAAUGGUACGGUAGCGCCAGGAAGGACGGGGAUGCAGAAGUCAUCUAGGCUACCGGAACGGAAAAUGACUAGGACUUACAACGCCCGAACGCUUGCAUCGGACACGGCCAUUGAAGAUUUGAUGAUGCAACCCAGGAAGUUUAAGUACGACGUCAUCGGACUGACCGAGACGAGACGACGUCACCCUCUCAACGCCGUAUAUGAAACUGGAGAAGAACUGUUCUUAGGAACAUGCAACAGUAGAGGUGUUGGAUUGGCCCCAGAAGGACGCCUGAAGAACUUCACAUCGGGCCUACAAUGGAACGAACAAGGGGAGAUGCUAUCUAAAUUUAUCAUGACGACUAAGACCAUCCAUGGAAAGUCGCAAUUCCAGAAGCCCUCCUCUCCACGCUGUACGUGGGGAGCUAAAAUUUUAUACGAGAUCGGACCAUCGCCUCCUCCAGGGAAGAUUUUCAUUUACCGGGAGAGGAGAGAAAGCCGCGAAGUUCAAGGAAGUCCCAGAACUAUCAUCGACUGGGAGCUCUUCGCUUCGCUUGUCGGCUUUUGGGAAGAUUCCGCAAUGGACAACAUCGACGAGGAAUAUGACCGGCUCGUUGAACACCUCCACGACUGUGCGAAGAAGGCUGAGAGUUUUAAAACGACCAGGAGACGCCUGUCUCUCCAAACUCUUGAGCUGAUACGCCAGCGUGGAGCAACACGAACCGCAGGGAGCCAAGAACUCACGUCCGAGCUCGCAAGACUUUGCAGAGAGGCGAUAAAGGAAGACCUUAAAGAGAGAAGAGCAGAAGUGCUGGCUGAAGCUGCAGAGGCGGGGAAAAGCAUCCGCUAUGCCCGUCGAGACUUCGCCAGUCGCAAGACGAGGAUGACUGCUCUCCGGAACCCGAAGGGAACAACCAUUGCAUCGAGAAGGGGAAUGGAGAAAAUCAUCCACGACUCCUACUCUGAUCUCUUCGACAGCCAUGUCCACUUGCCUCCUCACUAUCUGAGGGAAGAUGGACAAGUCAUUCUAGAGGUUCUCCCGUCCAAAGUACGACAUGAUAUCAUGUCGGUUAGAAAUCGUGCGGCACCCUUUCCCGACAGUACAAGAUCCGAACAUCUGAAGAAUCAUCAGCGAGACUCUUCACUCGUUACCUGA